AUGGAGUGUAAUCCUCCUCAGUUACCUGCGACACGGGACUCCAGCUGCUCUCCACCGAGCUCCAAACAGGACCUCCCAACAUUCAACCCCAACAUGAAACCCAACCAGGUCAGCGAGACCGCACUGUAUGGAAUACCCAUAGUCUGCCUGGUGCUGGACGGUCAGGAGAGACUGUGCUUGGCGCAGAUCUCCAACACUCUGCUGAAGAACUACAGCUAUAACGAGAUCCACAACCGGCGCGUGGCUCUGGGCAUCACCUGCGUGCAGUGCACCCCAGUCCAGCUGGAGAUUCUGAGGCGUGCGGGCGCUAUGCCCAUCUCCUCGAGGCGCUGUGGGAUGAUCACAAAGCGCGAAGCAGAGAGGCUUUGUAAAUCGUUUAUCGGAGCCCACAACCCUCCAAAACUACCAGAGAAUUUCGCGUUUGAUGUUUCCCACGAGUGCACGUGGGGGAGCCGUGGUAACUUCAUACCAGCCAGGUACAACAGCUCCAGAGCCAAGUGUAUCAAGUGCUCCUUCUGCAAUAUGUAUUUUUCUCCCAAUAAGUUCAUAUUCCACUCUCACCGAACAUCAGAAUCCAAGUAUACCCAGCCAGACGCUGCUAACUUUAACUCCUGGAGGAGACACCUCAAACUGACCGACAAGGGCUCGCCGGAUGAUUUAGCUCAUGCGUGGGAGGACGUCAAAGCCAUGUUCAACGGGGGCAGCAGGAAGAGGACGCUGCCAAUGCACCGCCACGGGCCCGAACGUUCCUCUCCGUUAAAACCUCACCAAGGACCUUCCAACCUGCCCCGGAGAGGCUCACCGGAGAUCCCCCCUAAAAUCCUCCGCUGCGAGGACAACCGGGGAGGCAUGGGGAGUAUAGCGAGCAUCACGCGCAGCUAUCCCAUUAUCCCGGUGCCCAGCAAAAGCUACGGGAUGCUGCAGAACGUGAAGAUCCCUCCACCUCUCUUCCCACACCCAUACGGGUUUCCGGCCUUCGGGUUGUGUCAGAAGAAGGAUGGCGGUGGUGUGAUGGGGGAGCCGAAUAAAGCCCACCUCUCUGGCGUCUUCUCCUGGCCGAGCACCAAGGACAGCGCCUACCACUCUUUCCCCAUGUUCUGGCCUACUGCAGACGGCCUGUCCAUACCGUCCUUCCCCCAGCCACAGCACCAGGCCCAGCCACAGCACCAGGCCCAGCCCAAACAGCCAUCGGAGGUCCUGUGCGCCAGACAGAGUGAGCUGGACGCAUCCGAGCAGAGUGACAGAAAUAGCAACAUUCCAAAGGACAGUGUGGGGGAUAGUGAGCGGUGCUCCAGCACUCAGUCCACCCGGAAUGAGGAUGACAAGUCCGGGGAUGAGGCGAGGUCAAUGGACGGUAAAAUGCCCGUUCUACCCCGGAAGAUUAGCUAUGUCUCCGCAUUCAGACCCGUCAUCAAAGACGCGAAGAGUAUAGCCAAACUAUACGGUAACCGGGGGAAGUACAACGGGGCUCGAGCUGGGUAUCUGUCACCGGAUUUCCUAAGCGAGAGCUCGAGCUACAGGUCCUUAUCGCCAGGCAGCGUGGAGAGCGUUGGCGAGACAGAUGUGGACGUGGAGACCAAUAAAUCACAGGAGGAUGAGGAGUCACUUCCGCACUCCGUUGAGGACUGCGGGAGCCCCCCUGUCCCUGUUCUAAGCCUUUCGCGCGGUGCAGGUUCACCAAACGGCCUUGAAUCCAUACCUGAGUCAGAGCAGGCCGCUGUGGUCGAUUCACAGAGAAUGAACCUACCUAUACAGGUGGUGCUGUCUUCAAAUAGAGAUAGACAUGGCAAACAGCUGCCGGUCUGCAAUAAGACCACGUCUUUUGAUAAAGUGUAUUCACCGGACAGGAGCAGUCCAUAUGCUUUUGGUUCAGCAACGAAUUACCAGACAGACAAUGUGAAAUCGAAAGACGACUGUGCCAGUAGAGAGGAGCCAUCUUCGACAGUGAAGGAGGUUGAAACGAAGUCGUAUAAGGGCCAAAGCCGGGAGGAGGGCCCGAGAGAAGCACUGAACGAGGACGAAUUGCAGAAACAACUUACGGAGCAAGUGGAGUUAAGGAAGAAAUUGGAACGAGAAUUCCAACAUUUAAAAGAUAAUUUCAAUCAUCAGAUGAAAAGGGAGCUGUCCUACAGGGAGGAGAUGGUUCAGCAGCUUCAUAUUGUGAGAGACACAUUAUGCAGUGAGCUGGAGCGAGAGAAAAAGGCUCGCUAUGCUAUUCAACACAAGUUGAAAGAAGCUCACGACGCGCUACACCAAUUCUCCUGUAAGAUGCUGACUCCUCGUCACUGCACUGGAACCUGCUCCUUCAAACCUCCUCUUCUACCACCCUAGUCCCUUCCCACAGUCCGCCUUGGAGCCCCAUCCUUUUGGAAAGCAAGACUACUACCACCCUAGCCCCUUCCCACAGUCCGCCGUGGAGCCCCAUCCUUUUGGAAAGCAAGACUACUACCACCCUAGCCCCUUCCCACAGUCCGCCGUGGAGCCCCAUCCUUUUGGAAAGCAAGACUACUACCACCCUAGCCCCUUCCCACAGUCCGCCGUGGAGCCCCAUCCUUUUGGAAAGCAAGACUACUACCACCCUAGCCCCUUCCCACAGUCCGCCGUGGAGCCCCAUCCUUUUGGAAAGCAAGACUACUACCACCCUAGCCCCUUCCCACAGUCCGCCGUGGAGCCCCAUCCGUUUGGAAAGCAAGACUACUACCACCUUGAAGACUAGGCGUACAGUAUCCAAAAUUCUAGGCAGGGUCUGAGUUAGGGUAGACAAUUUAACACGAGAGAGACAGGGUCUGAGUUAGGGUAGACAAUUUAACACGAGAGAGACAGGGUCUGAGUUAGGAUAGACAAUUUAACACGAGAGAGACAGGGUCUGAGUUAGGGUAGACAAUUUAACACGAGAGAGACAGGGUCUGAGUGAGGAUAGACAAUUUAACAUGAGAGAGGCAGGGUCUGAGUUAGGGUAGACAGUUUAACAUGAGAGAGACAAGGUCUGAGUUAGGGUAGACAGUUUAACACGAGAGAGACAGGGUCUGAGUUAGGAUAGACAAUUUAACACGAGAGAGACAGGGUCUGAGUUAGGGUAGACAAUUCCCAGUAACUUUCCAAAAGUUUUUCCAGAAAUCCUGGUCGGAAGAUUCCUAGAAUCAGAAAGGAAUAAGCAGGAAACCCAGGAUUUCUGGGAAAGCUGGACAUUUUGGGAAAGCUACCAGAAUUUUGCAAACUGAGAAAUGAUGUGAUCAGCAUUUGAGAUCAUAAUACAUUAUAUUAUAUGGACAUGGAGGACCUGAUUUACUGUUUUACUCUGAGAGGCUUUAUGAAUCCGGCACCUGGCCUCUAUCAAAUGAACACAUCAUUGUACCCGAGCAAUGCCUUGGCGUGAAGGAAACCUAGAGCCGUCAUUAGCCACUGCAUAAAAAAACCUAGAGCCGUCAUUAGCCACUGCAUUUAAUGAUAUUAAUUGUAACAUAUGAGAGAGUGUGUCUUCAGACUCUGUGUAUAAUUUAUAUAAAGUUAUAAAGUACAACAUGAAAAAUAUUAUAUGUUUAAAUGAAAAUAUGACCAUAACUUUUAUAAAUCAUUAAUAUACAGUGCCAGUCAAAAGUUUGGACACACUUACUUCUUCA